AGUCCACAGAAAAUGAGUGUUACAGCGCAAUGUCCAAUAUUGUGUUCUCGAAUAUGGCGAAAGUUGUGAAUUUACGUGUUGUGAUAAGUGCUACCUUGUGACUUACUAUGUUUGAAAAUGGAUAGUUAAGAAAUUAUUUAUACAAAGAAAGUGUGAUAAUAGUGUAAAUAUACGUAUCUGUUGUUAAUUUAGUGAAAAGAAACAAAAAUGUCUACAGACAAAAUUAAAGUUGCUGUUCGGCUCCGUCCUUUUAACAGAAGAGAACUUGAAAUGAGGGCACAGAGUGUGGUGGAAAUGGAGAAGGAUCAAACAAUCAUACACCAAGCUACCUCUAUGGACAAAAUGGAUAGAAAGCAACCAAAAUCGUUUGCUUUUGACCAUUGCUUUUGUUCCGUGGAUCCCAGUAAGAAAGACUUCGCUUCGCAGGAGGUUGUGUUUGAUUGUUUGGGCCGAGACAUCCUCGACAAUGCGUUUCAGGGGUACAAUGCGUGUAUCUUCGCCUAUGGUCAAACAGGAUCGGGAAAAUCGUAUACCAUGAUGGGCUCGCAAGACAGCAAAGGUAUCAUUCCAAGGUUGUGCGACUCACUUUUUGGCCUAAUAGCAAAACAACAAAGUUCAGAAUUAACAUACAAAGUAGAAGUGAGCUACAUGGAAAUCUACAAUGAAAAGGUGCACGAUUUGCUGGAUCCCCAAACAAACAAACAAUCAUUAAAAGUAAGAGAACAUAAUGUCCUUGGGCCGUACGUUGAUGGUUUGUCGCAAUUGGCUGUAACCUCGUUUCAGGACAUCGACAAUCUUAUGGCGGAGGGAAACAAAUCACGAACAGUAGCAGCUACAAAUAUGAAUAGUGAAUCAUCCAGAUCUCAUGCAGUGUUUACUGUCAUCCUAACCCAAACAUUAAUAGACCCAAAAACGGGGGUAACAGGUGAAAAAGUUAGUAGAAUGUCAUUAGUAGAUUUAGCAGGAUCAGAGCGGGCUGUGAAAACUGGAGCGGUUGGGGACAGGCUCAAAGAGGGCUCUAAUAUAAAUAAGUCGUUAACGACCCUAGGUCUAGUCAUUUCAAAAUUAGCAGAUCAGUCUUCGGGCAAGAAUAAGGAUAAUAAGUUUGUGCCAUAUAGGGAUUCGGUACUAACGUGGUUACUCAAGGAUAAUUUAGGAGGAAAUAGUAAAACGGUUAUGGUUGCUACUAUAUCUCCGGCAGCUGAUAAUUACGAAGAAACCCUAUCUACCCUGAGAUACGCUGACCGAGCUAAGAGAAUCGUUAACCAUGCUGUUGUUAAUGAAGAUCCUAAUGCCAGAAUCAUCAGAGAGCUCACCCAGGAAGUCGAAGCAUUGAGGGAAAUGCUUAAACAUGCCACUGGAUCGCCAGUGGGAGAUGUACAACGAGUGGACAUUCAUCAAAAAUUAAGCGAGAGUGAGAAACUAUACAAGGAAAUGUCGCAGACUUGGGAGGAGAAACUGAUGAAAACAGAAAGGAUACAAAAUGAACGGCAACAAGCAUUAGAAAAAAUGGGCAUUAGUGUACAAGAUUCGGGUAUUAAAGUAGAGAAAAAUAAAUAUUACUUAGUGAAUUUAAACGCAGAUCCUUACUUAAACGAAUUGUUAGUUUAUUAUUUAAAGAAUGAAACGGUGGUAGGUGCUAGUAGUAGUGGUUCUGGCAAAGAACCCGACAUACAACUGUCUGGUUUGGGUAUACAGCCUGAGCAUUGUAUUAUAACCAUAGAAGAUAACGGUUUGUUCCUGGAGCCUCUUGCCAAUGCUAGGUCUUGCGUGAAUGGAUCUCAAGUUAGUCAAAAGACGCCAUUACGUCACGGUGAUAGAAUUGUAUGGGGAAACCACCAUUACUUCAGAGUGAACUGUCCUAGAUCAAUAUCAGCUGCUUCUGAGCCUCAAACACCAGCACAAAACAUCGAUUACAACUUCGCAAGAGAUGAAUUGAUGACGAAUGAGCUGAGCAAUGAUCCUAUUCAGACGGCCAUUGCUCGUCUGGAAAAACAACAUGAAGAGGAUAAGCAAGUUGCCUUGGAAAAACAACGCGUGGAAUAUGAAAGACAAUUCCAGCAACUACGAAAUAUGGUUUCCCCUUCCACGCCGUACUCACCAUACUCCUACGACCCUCUUAGAAUAGGCUUAAGUAAGACUGCCCCCUGUACACCAACAACACAAAUGAAAGUAGAAAGAUGGGCGCAUGAAAGAGACGAGAUGUUUAGAAGAAGUAUAUGUCAAUUAAAAGACGAUAUUCUUAGAGCAAAUGCCUUAGUUAAAGAGGCCAAUUUUCUCGCAGAGGAAAUGGCUCGGCAAACUAAGUUUAGUGUUACCUUACAAAUUCCUCCGGCUAAUUUGAGUCCCAACAGAAGGAAAGGCGCUUUUGUGAGUGAACCUGCAAUAUUAGUAAAACGAAAUAAUAAUAGUCAGGUGUGGUCGAUGGAAAAAUUAGAAAAUAAAAUUAUAGAUAUGAGAGAAUUUUACGAAGAGAAUAAAGAUAUGGAUGAAGAUCAAGGCCAAGAUCAAGAAAACAACAAUGAAGUAAAAGGGCCAGGUCCGUUUUACGAAUCGCAAGAGGAACAUAAUCUAAUAGGAGUAGCUAAUAUAUUUCUUGAGUGUUUGUUUCAUGACGUAUCUUUAGAUUACCACACACCUAUUAUCAGUCAACAAGGAGAAGUAGCUGGUAGGUUGCAGGUUGAACUAAGUAGAAUAGCGGGACAAUUUCCGCAAGAUAGAAUAUGUGAGGCAGCAUCAGACAAUUCGUCAGAAUGCAGCCACGAUGAAGAUGAGCAGGGCACAUCACAAGUUACGAUUCGUGUCAAUAUCAAACAAGCGUCCGGUUUACCUCUGUCUCUUGCCAACUUUGUGUUUUGUCAGUAUUCCUUCUGGGGUCACCCAGAAGCCGUAGUAGUACCUGAUAACUCGGGCAAUUGUAACGGUCAACCAACAACUGUUAAAUUUGGCCAUACCCAAGAUUUUGUCGUGAAUCUUUCAGAAGAGUUUAUGGAGCAUUGCUCAGAAGGGGCGCUUUCAAUAGAGGUGUGGGGUAACAGGAGCUCUGGAUUCUCUUCAUACAAGCCUGGAUGGGAGGUGGUAGAACAGCAGCUGGCUACAGCUAGAUCAUUACUAGACAGGUGGUCGGAAUUAACUAGAAAAAUAGAAUUGUGGGUAGAAAUUCAGGAACUGAACGAUCAAGGUGAAUAUGGCGCUGUGGAAGUUGCUAUGAGAACUGACAUGUUAACAGGGGGUAUUUAUCAGUUAAGACAAGGCCAACAACGAAGAAUUCAAGUUAGAGUUAAACCAGUGCAAAAAUCGGGUACUCUUCCGAUAAUUUGCCAAGAAAUUAUUAAAAUUGAAGUGGGCGGAGUUACCGUUAGAAGUAGACUACAGAAACCCUUAGACUCGUAUCAAGAAGAAGACUUAACUAUACUAAGAGAAAAAUGGAGCGACGCUCUACAGAAGAGAAAACAAUAUCUACACCAGCAGCUGCAAAAUCUCUCAGAAAAGACGAACAAAACUGAACAAGACGUCGAAAGAGAAAAGAGUUUGAUGGAACAGUUAGUGAAUUUAACUGAAGAGAGCAAUGCUGUAUACGUCCCACAACCUGGUACGAGCAUACCUGGUGCUCCUGCCAUGUGGAGCCCACCACCUGGAAUGGAACCGCACGUGCCAGUUCUUUUUUUGGAUUUAAAUGCUGACGAUUUAUCGACCAAUCCUGCUGGAGAAGGAGUGACAACUGCAGGAGUAAACUCUAUUUUGCCAAAGGAAGAUGGAAAAGAGUUUUAUACUUUGCGGAUACUCAGUCAUUUGGAAAAAGAUGUGUGUGCAGUUGCGGCGUGGGAUUCUUCAAUUCAUGACAGCCCCAAUCUUAACAAAGUAACUGAAGCGAACGAAAGAGUUUACAUGAUACUACGUGUAACGGUACGGUUGUCCCAUCCAGCACCGAUGGAUCUUGUAUUGAGAAAACGACUGGCCAUAAACGUUUAUAAACGUCAAAAGUUUACUGAUAUAAUCAAAAACCAAAUCAAAUCAAAAAUCGUUCGUACUGAUAUGGUGACAUCUUGCGGUGUUACAUAUUUAGUAGUUUCUAAUGUACCUAAAGCAAGCGAGGAGCUUGAAGGCAGGGAAAGCCUCGCACAAUUGGCAGCUUCUGGAGAAAAUUCUUCGAUGUGUGAUGGAGAAACAUAUAUCGAAAAAUAUACGAGAGGUGUGAGCGCAGUUGAAAGCAUUCUAACAUUAGACCGUUUACGACAAAAUGUAGCAGUAAAAGAACUGCUGCAAGCCAGAGGACAACCCUUAAUGAGGAAAACAGUCAGCGUACCAAAUUUCUCACAGUUGAUGAGACUUGACCUCAGCAGUGAAUCGUUGCACAUGUCGCGAUCGGAAAGCGUCUCAGAGCUCAACAGUGAGUUGGGAUUGACCCCCUUGAGAGGGCGUUCGUCCUUCGGGAAGGACAAUGAAGUGACGCCUCCGAAAUUCGGAGGAUUGGUUUUCCCUGGAAUGGUAUCACCAGCCAACACCAAAUUAGGGUUAAGGAUGACUACUUUACACGAAGAACCAACUAAAGCGUUACCAAGGAAGCAUUCCUUUGAUCUAUUAAUGGAUGAUCCAAUUGAAGAACAAAGCGAGGAAGGAUUAAACGGAAAAUCGGAAAUCCACUAUGUACAAAGGAAGAAAACUUACGCCAAGAAAUAUUUGCCAAUGUCACGUACUUUAGAUUCUUUGACGGAAUUUGCACCAAAACCCAACACUCCAUCUUCGAGUUCCAGUGGAUAUGGAUCACAAGCUGUUUCAACUACAAAUCUUUCUUGUGAUGAUUCCCUGUCGAUGAAAAGUAUGAGUGUUGAUGAAACUCCCGAUUUUGAUGGUAAAAUGAACAACGAUCUAGAACCAGUAUCAGAAGUAACGGAUAUUUCUAAGGAAGUGGAGAGACUGUCCAUUGAAGAAGAACAACACUCCACCAACAACGAUGAAAGCUCAGACGACAUCGUGAACGGCGGUGACAGCGACUCAAACCCAAAUCAAACUGGAAGUGACCUUAACGAAUCAAAUUCCGUUGUAAAAACGAAUUUAUCCCCAGGGCGAGUUGUAAGAAGGAAAAAACAAAGCACUAGAAGCCAGUCACACAGGGCAUCUUUUCCACAAGCUCGAUCAGUUAUGUCGGAAAGUAAAUCAGCUCAUAACUUGGGAAGUAAAAACAACUUGGUGUUGUCUGAAGAGGAUAGUAUGGACAGUUCUACCGAUCGACUAGAAGACGACCAUGAAAGUAGUUUCGGUUCUCGUCCUGAUUUGUCAAAGUUCCAUGAUGUUCCCGUCCCCGAUUGGGUAGUACUAGGAGAAAGUGUUCUUAUUAGACCUUACAAUUCUUCUGGAGUCGUGGCAUUUAUGGGAGAAACCGAAUUCUCGACUGGGACUUGGAUAGGUGUCGAACUUGAUGCUCCUAAAGGUAAAAAUGAUGGUAGCAUAAAAGGAGUGCGGUAUUUCACUUGUAAACCAAAACAUGGAAUGUUUGUAAGAGCAGAUAAACUAAUCCUUGAUAGACGAGGUCGAGCAAUGAGGCUUGAUAAGGCUGAAGCUCUUGCCAACAGUAAUAAAUGUUCUCUCAGCAAAGAUUCAAAAAGCCGAUCUCGAGGGAAUGGUUUAAACACAACAGGUACCCGAGCAAUUUCGAAAGCUAAAUAGAAGAGGAGAACAUUUCGACCAUCUUUUCAUUAAUCCACCCUAUUUAUUGCCAUUUGCCGUGUUUAACGACACAAACUGUGCCGUCCAUUUACAUGGCGUAGUGUUAUUUAUCCUUGCCAUUUCAUAUAUACAUAGCGUCUCACUGUACAGGGUCAUCUAUUCGAUCUCAUCUAUUAUAUAUACAUUGAACAAUCAUCUACAUCUGAGAAACAUAAUGAUGUGUGUAAUGGAGAGAAGUUUUGAAAUAGAUGACUGUAGUACGCGUAUUUGGUUGCACUUUUAAAAACAGCGAGCACUUGGCUUGGUAUUGUCAUUUUAUAGCAAUUUCUACACACAAAUGCCUUCAUGUAUUGAAAUUUACAGCGAGACACUAUAUUUUUUGAAAAAAAGAUAUAAUUUUAUACCCAAUCUCUCGUUGUAAUUUGUAGUCAUGAAUAAUGUUUUUUGUUCUAUGUAUAUUCAAGCUCUGUUGCACAUCAGGAGUAUAUUAAGUUCAGCCAAAUAUCUACCUCCUGUAUAAUCCAUUACCUGAAAUCAACCUUCAGGUCAGAGAUUGUCUGAUAACCUUAUAAUUUUUCCUCAAUAAUAUAAAGGAAACUGCACAAAAUAGUAGUGCUGUGAUUGAAAUGCAAGAAAUGCUACCACAGAUACUGAAUAGACUUGUUCAUAUUGAUGUGCUAAUGAUUAUAUAUAUACAAAGUAUUUUUUAUAAAACAGUUACUUUAUGUCACGAUAUUUUGUGGUAGCAGCAUUUUUGUAUUAGAUGUGAGCCUCUCAACAAUAUUACUUUAUCCCUACUUAUCAUACACACUCCUAUAAUCAUUAAAAUUAUAUAUAAUAGUCCUUGCCUGUUGAUUGGAAAGUUCCAACGCGUUCUGCUCGUUAUUUUUCGGAGAUAACGCAGCCAGAGCGACUGCUAACCAGGUCUUGCGCACUAAAUAUGUUGUCUAGUUUCCUCGAUGCAACAUUAUAUUUUAUAAUUUAAGCAUUUCUUUCUGUGAUAUAAUUAGUGUACACAGAGCAGUUUGGUUCUAACAUAUGUGAAUUAAUAAACAUUUUUUGCGUGCUGUAAACUUGAACAGAUUUAAAAUAGGAAUAUGUAUCUGUAAUAGGCAACCUGUAGCUUACGAGUAUUUAACUUCUGUGUGUAUUUAGAAAAAUGAAAUUAGACUCUAAGAUAAAGCGUAGAUUCAAUAGCGUAAACAUUUGUUUCGACCAUUUCUAAUUUUACGAAAUAAACUGUAGUGAACAACUCGGUUUAAAUUCGGUGACUGUGCUACUCAAAUAUAAUUUUAUCCUUUGACGAGAUCUUUAAAACAAAAUUCUCUUCACAUUUUAUGGGUACAAUACAGUUAUGGCUGACAGUGAGCUGUGCGCAUGGCUAAUAUAAACUAACGCAUUGAUUAUUAUGAUUAUAUCUUACCUAAUGGUAUCCCAACAUGUUUUUUAGACCUUCCUCCUCUACUUCAUCUAUUAACUUUCAAAAACUGAAUACAAAACAUUAAUUAUUCGUAUUGGGUGAUGAUUUCGUUCAUGUUCCAUUGUAGGUUUAUUGUUGUUUUAUUGUAUUUGUGGCUAGAUAUUCUGGAUUUGACUUUUGCUCUGACUAAGUAAUGAUCUGUGUCUCCGUCUAUUCCUUUCAGGCUUCUUACGUCUAUAAUAUUGUUCCCAUCACGAGCAUCUAAAGUGAUGUGGUCAAUUUGGUUGCGCGUAAUAUGGUCGUUUGAGACCCAGACGAAAUGCACAAUGCACAGAAACAACAAAACUAUAGAGAACAACUUGAACAAACCUUGAACUCUGAAAGAGAAUACAAUGAUAUAGAACAGCUAUGGGAAACGACUGCCAAAAUAAUAACCAAGACAGCGGACAAGAUCUUUGGAAGGAGUAGGCAGAAGAGGGCAAAAACAUGGUAUGACGAGGAAUGUCGGAAACAGUUGGAAAAAAGUCAUAAAGUAAGGAAGAUCUGGAUACAACUGCAAACAGACCAAAGUAAAAAGGAAUAUGACGACUGCCGAAAAGAAACAAAAAAAAAUAAUACGCCCAAAGAAAAGAAACUAUGAAGAACAAAAAUAUGAAGCUAUGGAGAGAGACCGGCCCAAACCAGGCUCCAGAGAAUUCUAUAAAGCAAUCUCCUCUAAAAAAGAGGACAUAGAAUCAAUUCCACUCAUACACUGAGAGACAAUCAAGGCCGUAUGAUAAUCGACGGUAAAGAAGUAACUGAAGAAUGGAAAGAGUAUUUUAGGGACCUUCUAAAUAUCAUACAGGAAGAACAGCACAAAGAAGAGAUCUAUAUCGCAGCGGACAUGCCCGUCAAAAAUCCCUACUUCGAAGAAAUCCAAAAGGCCUUAAAUAAGCUGAAAAAUCACAAAGUGCCGGGUAAGGACGAGAUACCAGCAGAACUUCUGAAAUAUGGGGGAGACGCACUACAUCGCCAAAUUCACCAGCUAAUAACGCACAUAUUGUUAGAAGAAAGGAUACCAGCACGAUAGAAGGAAAACAUAAUAGUUCCCAUCCACAAAAACAGGGGCAAAACAAAAUGCACGAAUUAUAGAGGAAUUUCACUCCUAAACACGGCAUAUAAAACCCUCUCAAACAUCAUUCUUAGUAGACUAAUCCCUUAUGCUGAAAAUGUCCUAGGCGAAUAUCAAGCCGGUUUUACGGCAAACAGAUCAACAAUAGAUUAACUAUUCACGCUGAGACUUUUCAUAGACUUUCGACAGGCAUAUGAUAGUGUAGAAAGAAGCCAAGUAUGAAAUGUCAUUUCGGAGUUUUCAAUACCAAAAAAACUCAUUCGAAUGACCAAAGUCUGUAUGGAGGGUGGAAUAUCUAAAGUACGUGUAAAUAAUACACUGGCAGCUUUGAAAUCAACAGUGGACUCAAACUGGGUGAUGCAUUAUCUCCACUACUUUUUAUCCUUGUAUUAGAGAAAACCAUGAGGUCGGCCGAAAUAAAAACAGAAUUGCUAUCGGUUGAAGGUCUCAAGUUGUGACUCGCACAUGCAGAUAACAUAGAUCUCAUUAGAGACUCCUCAACAAGGUGGAAGGAGCAACAAGUGAUGUAGGGCUGAAGAUUAAUGAAGAGAAGACGAAAUAUAUGUAUAUAAAUAGAGCGGCACGAAGAGACAGAAUAGGACAAAAUGUGAUGGUCGACACCUAUAAUUUCGAAAGAGUAUAACGUUUUAAGUAUCUGGGGGCCGUAAUCACAGUUGACAACGAUGGUACUGAAGAAAUAAAAGACAGAAUCCAAUCUGCAACCCGCUGUCUAUUCGCACAGGAUAAGCUCAUAAAAUCAAAAAAUCUUACAAGAAGUUCAAAGAUCAAAAUCUAUAAAUCCAUCGUCAGACCUGUAAUAACAUACGGAUGAGAAACGUGGACCAUGACCAAAGCAAACGAAGAAAAGCUCAGACGCUUUGAACUAAAAAUACUUAGAAACAUUUUCGGACCUCACCAUGACGUCACUACAAACCAGUAUAAGAUCAGAACCAAAAUCGAAUUAAAAGCACUCUACAAUGACGUCGAUAUUGUCCAAGAAAUUAAAUCACAGCGACUUAGAUGGGCAGGCCACGUGCACAGACUGCAUAACGAGAGACUUGUAAAACUGGUAUGGGAGGAGAUUACCACAGGCAAAAGACCGAACUAAUUGGAAGAAAGUUGUACAGUCAGCCAAGACCCAUCCAGGGUUGUAGCGCUACGUGAUGAUGAUGAUGAUUAUUUCGUCGUUGAACGUGUUAACUUAUGCUAUUUCAUUUUGACAUCAAUAAUUUCUAAAUUUAUCCUCUUUGUGUAAUAUUUAUUUGGAUUAUAAUAAAUUUACCAACAUAAUAUCGACACUACUGCUUUAAUCGUUGUUAAAGGUUAUCUUUGCAUCCAAUUUCUGAACUGUUAAUUGUCUAUUGCCUACAGAUUUGUACCCAUAAUUUCGUUAAAGAGAUCGUGAUGACACAUAUUAUUUGCAAUAUGUUUCUUUUUCUUGGUAUACGAAAAUAUGGUCCGGCGCAUAUUGAACCCAGCACAUGCGAAGAUCAUGCAUGGGUCGUUUUGUGAGCACGGGUUGGGGAUAGGUGCCGCGAAUUGAACCCAACGCAUGCGCACCCGUCAGUGCAUGUGGGAAGGUUUGCAAAGAGCACAGUUUUAGCGGUACAUGGGCAUAAAGGUUUCAACAUGCACUAAUCAAGUAAAAAAGUAAUUUUAGACUUGCUUAUUUUGUUUAGUACAUAGAGUUAUCACCAAAUUUAUCAAAAGCAGUUGAUAGAUACCUGUAACAACGAAUGUCACCGGAAAAUCCUUAGUUCUCUGGUCUAUUAGUGAUAAUAAUUUAGAAAGGUCUGAACUUGUGAGAAAUAAUCGUGAAUUAUAUGAUACUAGUCAUCCUACUUUACUACAUUAGAACUAAAUCGAAGGAUAGUUUGUGAGAGAAAAUUGGCAAAAAAUUUAAUCCGCAUGGUGAUUUCUUUGUUUUGCUUUUGUCAAAAGGUAUUACAAACAUGAUUUUAUCUUGUUAGGAUUCAGAAUCUAAUAACAACAAAUAGUCCUCCAUUUACGAGCCCCUUCCCAUAUCAGUUGACCUAACGUUAGAUUGAUAAAUUUAACUGACAAUAUUAUUGUUUUGAUGUCAUUUUUCGAUAGAUACCUCUGGAUUUAACGUAAUUAUGAAAAAAUCAACGUAUAUUGACAUAAAUGAAUGCAUAGGAAGGGUUCAGUGAUUUUUUUUAUUGUUGAAAAUAAAUAAAAAAACCAUAAGGGUAAUGUUUUUAAUAAAUUAUAAUAACAUCUAGAGUAUAAUUUGUUUAUGGUAAGCUACUAACUAUUGGCUACUGCAAAUUCCAUAAGUGGGCCAACUGAUAUGGGAAGGGGGUAAGUAAUCUUACCAACUGGGCAAUGAGUUGGACAUGGAUUGGGUUCAAUAUGCGUUGGGCUCAAAAAUCUGGGGAAACAGAUCGCUCACGACCUCGGCGUGUACUGGGUUCAAUAUGCGCCAGGCCUAAAUGACUGAUUUUACAGAGUAUUAUAGUACUUAAUUUUUGACUUUCCUACUUUAUACAAACAGUGACAUAUUCGCUGUUUAGACCAAAGCUUGUUUUACUGAUUAACAUUCCAUAAUCGACUAGCAGGCAUUUUAAACCGUGUCACUUCAGUUUAAUUUACACAAAAAUUUUAACAUUCCAAAAGAAUUAUCUAAUUGUAGAAUUGCAAUAUAAUCUAGUCUAUGGUUUAUUUAUUGCUCAGUGAUUGUGAGGUUUAGUCGUCCAUUGACUGUGGCCGAAGUAAUAAGAAUGAUAAAGACUGUCAAUUUAACAAUCACGAAAAGGUGGCAAGGUUAUACUAAAACUUAAAUUUAAUAAAUGCAUAGCCUCAUAAAAAUUUAGGUAGAGUUUUAAAAAUAAUACAACGGGAACUCAUGUUGGAGACACUUUAAAGAAGUAGUCGAGAAAUAACUGCAUUCUAGUUAGUUUAUGACUAACAGAAAUGAAAAAUUGUGGUAGAUGAUGACCAAACAAAGAUACAGCAAUGGCAUGAUCCUUAAACUUUUUCUCAGACAAAAUACUCAAAAGAGAAACAAAGAUAUCUAUAGAAGUGUUGACGAAAUCGUUGCAUUCUACAAGACGAUAUCGAUUGUCCAAUGGUAACAAGGUAGCGAGGUAGCUCUGAGUAAACUCAGAAUUUAGAAUUUUAUUUCAGUUCCAAUAACUUUAACUUAGUCAUUAGACACUUUUGUUGAAAUAUAGAUCUUAUUUUGGAUUUGGCACUUGAUUGAGAACUUCGCAAAUUUGUAUAUAGAAUUAUGUAUUCGGAAAUAAAAGCUCCAUUUGCUCACUUAAUAGAUUAUUAGCUAUUUAGUUAUAAUUUUUUAAUCUCUCAUCAAAUUUUGUUUGAAAAUAAUUACAUCAUUUUGAUGUACCAACUUUGAAAAAUGUAUGUAUAGUAUAAAUAAUAGACAGGCAAUAUUAGUUCUGGAUCAAGCCUUGUGGUAAUCCCAUAAGAAAACGUCAGCAUUCAGUUAGUGUCGAUGUCAGAUUUGACGCGAAGAACUGCAGACUUGGCACAUACAUGAAGCUGAAUAUAGCUCAAGACUAAAAAAUAUUGAUUAACGAAGAAUGUGACCUCCUCUUUACAGCGAUGGUUCAUACGUAGUGAUCCGAUGAAUUUCUGCCGAGUUUUCUAUUUUGGAUCUUAGCGUUAUCUUAUAGGAUUUAAGAUUGAGCUUGGUCCAGAAUUAACCUUGUUUGUGUAUCUAUUAUGAACUAAUAAAAAUAAUUAACUACAAUAGAUUUAUUUGGUUCUAAACUAAUGAUCACAUAGUUAAAUUGAACUGAUUUGUUAUAUAAUCCUUUAACUUCUAGUAAAUGGGGCAAAUAAAAAACUUCUAAUAUUUUGGCAUCCGAUUUGAUAGAGGUUUUAACUUUUUAGCUGAUUCAAAUAUUUAACAGUCAAAUCUGCUAUUGUAUUUGACGAACUGAAACCCCAAUCAGUCUCUUGGGGCUUUUUUACUAAAUAAUUUAGUUAUCUUGCUUGGGCUGUUCUUGGUAUUAUUUCUAGCUGUAUCUAUCUGCACUGAAUAUAUUUAUAAAAAAAAAGAACCACAAACAAAAGUAAAUGCCUACAAACAAUUGUUGUAUCAUAGGUAAAUCUUAGUAAAUCAGAAAAAAAACAUAAAAGAAGGAAAAUGUAAGAUUUGCGAAAGAAACUUGUUAAAGAAAACCACGGAAAGACCACGAUGUAAAAUAAAUAAAUCACUUGAUAUCAUUAUGGAGUAAAGAAAAUACUGCAGUUAUAUGAAUAUGAAAUCAAUGUUGAUUUCAGCUCUUUAAUACAUAAAUAAGAGCGGGGAGUACCAAUAGAACUAGGGUUCUUAAAAUUUAUCAUAAGUUAAAUUGUUUAUAAAGCUUUUACUUUCUCUACAUAACUUGUAAAUGUCAUUAAAAACUUAUAUAUCACAGAUAAUUGAACAAUAUUCCUAUUGUUUAUCUAACCAUGGUAGUUUUUGUCCAUUUUUAGCCAUUUUUGUAGUUAGGAAAAGAAGUAGGUAAUGCCAUCUUUGAUUUGAUUGAGAAAUAAAUAUCUUAACACAUCAAACCCUGCUCAAGUUUGAGUUUUAUAUAAUUUAUCAUUCUCAUAACCUCCGUCAGUGAUCCCAGUCAACAAAAUAAAAUACUAGACCUGUUCCUGUCCAAUUUAAAUCAUUCUGUCCAAUUUGUUAUAUAUAAUAUAGUGUAUUAUAUUAAUCUGACAACAUUCAUUUUAACAAGAAAUGAUUUGUACAAAACUUAAAUCAGCGCAUGUCAACUACAAUCGAUAUAUUCACCAAUGCUCGAAGGAUACAAAUCAAUUCCGCCAGUUUUCAAUUGUACAACCAAGUUUCAGAAAUCAUAUACUACAAAACUAAUUGGUUUUGUUGUAUCAUCAAUGUCUGUUUUUAGUUGAAAUCCAAGUUUCCCAUCUAUAUGUAAUGUAUUUGACUGUAGGACGACUGCAAUCGGGCGAAUGUGUAAAUUUGUGAGCAAUAAUCAUUGGAAAAUCCAAAUAUGUGAGUACGUGGUAAUUCGUCUUAUGUCAAAAGUUGAAAUUUAGUUGUACAAUUGCAAAACAUCCAUGUUUAAGACUUAAAACAAGUUUGGAACAAGAUAUUUUUUAACAAACGAAUGCAGAGUGGAAGUGAAGCAGUAAUCUGCAGAUCAAACUUACUUAACUUCUCCUCUUGAUAUCUUAUUAGUGUUUCCUAUGGAAAUAAAUGGAUUCUCCUGUUCUGGGAAUUUCCUAUAGGGACUUCUUCUUCUUCAUGUACCAUGUCCUUUCAGAGCGUUGGUUACCAUUAUAGCUAUCUUAAUUUUAUUUACUGCCACCCUAAAUAGUAUGCUUGUAUCAACAAAAUACGAAUUUCGCAAGUUCUUCAACCAUAAGCUUCUUCUUCGUCCUGGACUGCAUUUGCCUGCUAUUUUGAUUUCCAGGUAUAGAGUCUUCUCGGUGGUAGUUAUGAGUAUUCGAUAUAAUGAAAUGGUGUUCUUGACAGAACUGGACAAGUCGAUCUCCUCGUUCGUUUCUGUUUUCCAAGUCAUAAUCCCCCACAAUCUUCAAACAGCGUCCUUUGCCGACUUUAGCAUUAAAAUCUUCGAGGACUAUGGUAUUUUCUGCUGCUUUGACAAAAUCUAGAGCAUCAGUAAGAUCUUUGUAAAAUGCUUCUAAUUUAUCUUCAUUACUGGAUGAUAUUGGAGCAUAGACCUGAAUUACAUUGAAUCACAUACACCUGAUCGCGGGCACCGCAUUUCACUUAUUCCGAGGAUUUUGAUUUGCAUUCUUUUCAUUUCUUUUAUGGCAUUAUAUAUUUUACCUGACUUAAACAUGCUUCUGACGUUACAUGUGGCUAUUUUGCAAAGAUUUCGCAUAUAUUUAAAACUAGGAGUGCCAAAAGGCCUUUAAUGCAGUAGUUCUCCUUUGCUUCCUGCAUCUUUAUGCCUUUGACUAAUUUCUAGUUUUAUAGUUCUUCCGCCUUCGCAAUCAAUUUCUCAAUUCCAAGUCAAAAGAGUGCCCUAACACUUACCAACUCGUCCGCCCGAAGCCGUUGGUCAGUAAGCUCUAUCAGAACCUUAUUCCGUUAAGAAAUAAAUAGUGUUCACACAGUUUUUUAUUUUUUUAAUACAAUAAUCUUUUAUUUAGGAUAACCAAUGCACUUUUCACAGUAGUUUAGAUGCAGAAACAAAAUAUACAAAACAAGAGCGCAAAACUUGUUUUGCGAAGUAAUUUAAAAAAUUAAAGAGAUCAUACCCACCAAACGCUUAAGUCACUUAAUUUGACACGAUCUCUAACAUUUUAGUGGCAUUAUCAGUCUAGUUGUUAAAAAAAUCUUGGUACAACACUUUUGAUAAGUCUUUAUUAACUAGGAUACAUUUUGACUGUAAAAUAUUUCACUUUUUGUAAUGUAUGUCCCAAUAAAUACACCACUAAGAAUUUAUAUCAUUAUAUUUAAGUUUUAUCUCUUAUCGACUUAAAUAUCAUCUGAGCUCUGCAAACAAAGGCUUUAACUAUCUUUACAUUCUGUGUAAUUAAAUAGUGGAUUCAAAAAUAUACAGAAUAGGCCAAAAAGUAGCCGCUAAUAUAUUUAUAUGUAAUUAUAAUGUUGUGAAAUAUAAAAUACAAAUAUAAUCUUUUGAAAAUAGGACAGGAUGAUCAACUCAUACUCUGAGAUCGGUAUCUCCGUUUUAAUGACAUAUAAAAACAGUUUUAUACGAAAAUUAUGGACACAAUUGAUCAAUAUUUUCUCUAUUCAUAACUCUUUUUGUAUAUCUCUUGACAAAGGAGAUAUGAGACCCGGAAAUAUGAUUUGAUCACCCUGUAAAUAUUAUUUCUUUGUCAGUUACUUAGAGGUAGUUUUUUGGUCGUUCUGUAAUACACUGUACAUUAGCAUGUAAAUACAAACCAUCAUUAAAUAAUUUUGGUCAUUCUAAAAACUUGCUUUUUGUUUUCACUCAAUAUGGGUUUGUUGUUUUUUAUGUAAUUUAGAUAAAAAAAUAGUUAAAAAUAUUUUAUAUAUAUGUACAUUUUUGUUGUUUACCUUAAAUUAUUUUAACCUCAUAUUUUGAUAGUUUUUAAAGUUUAUUUGUAGCUGUGGUCCUACAAGCAAUUAAAUAAAAUAUUGAUUC